CGAUAAAUAAAACAGGUACAAUAAUAAUAGUACAUUAAUUUAUUAUCACUUUAAUAAUAUUGUUCUAUUCGAUAAUCAUAAUAACUUCAUUCCACCCGUGGAAAUAGUUUGCUACUAUCGUAUCGUAUAUUGCCUUGUAUCAUUCGAAUGACGUCAUGCGGAAGUGGCCGAGUGUUUGUAUAAUAUGAGCGGAAGAUGUUAUCCGCCAUGGUGUUGUUAUCAAACUAUCUUUUGUUGUUCAAAUCACACAAAAGACGUGUUAUCAUGUUAUGAUUCUUUUACCAAUACAAAUAAUAAAGUUUUUUUCGCUUUCGAAUAGGUUGUAAUAUUUUCAUAACAAUUAUUUUCCACAAUUAUUUUUUAUAAUAAUAUUUUUAUUAUAACCUACUUAUAUGUGAAACUUAAUUUCUAAAUUUGUGUUAAUUGAAUCCGAAACGUGUCAUUGCGAUUUUAUCUCGCGAAUAAUAUUUCGGUUUGAGAGUUAAUAACUUUUCGAUAAUAAUAUUGUGUUUUUUUUGUUUUUCAAAACUUUAACUAAAAAAAAAGUAAACCAUGAUUAAUUUUAUGUUACUGGUGCAGUUAAGAGUAUGAAGUGUAGCGAGUGGAUCUAAAAUGAAUGUUCCAUACAUAAAUGACACUUUUAACAUCAAUGGUAGGUGUAUUUUCUGUAUGUACCUAUUAUACGAAUAUGGUGAACUAUAUUAAUGCACUACGAAUGUGAUAAGGCAUUAGAUCGUUAAUUCAAUUGUCAUCAUUUUCUCAAUGUUAAAGAUCUUGUGUAUGAAUGAACAAAUAAUGUAAUAAUAGGUAUGAAUUUAGUCUAUAUACAAUAUUUCUAGUACAAAUAUGGAAACUUUUAAGUAUCAGUUAAUUCAAUGCACUUGUUACACAUGGUAAUUUGGAAGUUCCUAAUAUGGUGGUGUACAUCCCAAGUUAGGUACAUCAAUCUAGAAAUUAACGAGUGUUGUAAUAUUAUUUCUAUUGAAUAAACCACCCAGACCAAUCUAUUCUUGUCUAUAGACAAGCUAUACUGUUUAAAAUAAUUAGUUUCUAAAUACAAAUUUAAAAAAAAACAACAACAAUUCUUUACUAGAGAUGUUUAUAAUUGGUAUACCUAGAUAAAUAAAUUAUCUAAAUACUUACACCCUAUGAUUUCUGUAAAAAUAUAAUUUUCAUUCAAAAUAUAUUAGUUCUUGUAAUCAUACACUGCAACAAUCUGUUAGAUAUUUCUUCAGAUUAAACUUACCAAGUUACUUAUCAAAUGUUUUUCAUUAGUGAUAAAAUUACUUAUUUGAAUUAAUUAAUACUGAAUUUAUUGUGUACUAUGAAAGGUUGUACACAAAUGUAUAACACAUUUCAAUAAUGAAGACAUUUUGAAUUAUACAUUAAAACAUUAAAUAGGUAGAUAAAAAUUUUUGAAUAUGAUAUAAAAAUGAUAUUCAUUAAUUCAUUACAAAAGUAAACCUAAUCAAUAUUUCAUAAGUGUCAUAUUUCACAAAAACAUUUAAAGUGAUUGUCAUAUUGCAUUUUUCCUAAUAACAUAUUCUCGCUAAUUUACUUGUAUUCAGGGAUGGGCAAAAUACAACACUUUUUGUAUUUAAUUAAUCCAGUUUCCCAUCAGAUUGAAAACUAGAUGAGAAAAAUUGUUUAAUAAAAAACACACAGAAUAGGAUUAAACAUUUGUUUAUAUUGUAACAUUUUUCUUAAUUUUUAUAUGUAAUAUGUGACCAAAAAAUUAAAUACAAUGUUAAUUUUUCACUAAUAUAAAUUAGAAUUAUCUCACAUUAUAACAUUAACAUUAAUAUUUAAAUUACAUUAUUAUUUGAAAUUCAAGAGUUGGGAUAUUCAGAAUGCUUUAAAUAAUCUUUAAUUAAUGAGUUUAACGUUGUUCUUUUGUAAUUUCAAAAUUAUAGUUUUUACAUUUCUUAAAUUAUUUGUAUCUAAUACAUAUACCUAUGUAUUUUAAAUAGAUUAGAUUUAAAUGAUUAUGUCUUUAUUCAAAAUAUAUUUCUGUGACUUAAUGCAAGAAAGGUCAAUGUCAAAAAAAUAUAUAUAUUUCAAUAAUUAUAGACUGCAUUAGAAUUUUUGGAAAUAAAUGUAUUUUAUUCAACUUCCUAUUUUCAAUUUAUUUAUUUUCUGACAUUGACACUCCUUGCAUCAAGUUACAGAUUUAUUACUAUAAAAUUACAAAACUAGUAAUAAUUGUAUCAAAUAAAGAUACUAAUAGUUAAUGGUUUCAUAAAUUUUCCGUACUGAAAUAUUUAAACCUGUUUUUUAUAUGCAAACUUUAUUUAUUUCAAAGUUUGAACUUGUAUUAAAUAUAAAUAUAAUAUAAAUAGUAUACAUUUUCAUAAUAUUAUAUUUAUAAUUUUGAUUUUUAGAACUGUCAACAGAGCAACAGAAGUUAUUGAUUGAAAUUAGACGUCGUAAAGCGGAAUUAUUACUUGAAAUACAGGUUAGUAUGUUAUAUUUUUCCUUUGAGUUUUGAUCAAUUAAUUUGACCUUAAUAUGAUUUAUUUUAAACAAUAACAACUAGUUUAUCUAAAUACCUAACACACAAUAUUCUAUAAUAUAUUAAGUAGGUAGUUUAAUUUGAUCAACUUUUACAGCCAGUUCUCAAUUAUAUGGAGUUUUUUUUAAGAUGAUUCACGAGUAAUUAUCACUAAUUAUGCUCAUUUCUUAAUAAUAAUGAGUAUUUAUAGUUUUAUUGAAUUAAAUUUAAUUGUAGGUAUAACAAUAUUAAUUAAAUACAAAUGUACAUAUUUAAAUAAAACCGAUGACAAUUUAUAAAGCAGAUAAGUAUACAUUAAUUAGUUGGCAGUAAUCACUGGUAUAUUCUAUACCUAUUUUUAACCACAGUUAAUCCGUCCCUGGACAAUCGAGAGUUAAUUGUAUUAUGAUUUAAAUUUGAUUUUAUUAUAUUAGUAAUAUUUACUUGAAAAUAAUUUUCUCAUUACAGAUGUUUUAUAAAAUUGCUUGUUCAAUUAUUGGCCAAGUUAUUUUUUUUCUUCAGCCAGAACUAAUAUAUUAAUUUUGAAUAUUAAUUAUUGCUCCUUCCAUGAUUAAAAUAAUACCUACCCAUUCAAUUUAUUAAUUCUAAAAUUUAUUGAAUUUACUGUUCACAAUAUUGUAGCCCUAUAAUUAAUUUUUUCAUUCAUCCUUUGACCGUAAUUAUUUUUUUUUAAAUCAAUAACCUGAUUGAGAAAAAUUAAGACAUAAUCAGAAUAUUUUUAAUGUAACAUUUAAUGACACAAUUAAUAAUAAAUAUUACACUUGUAUUAUUUGAAAACUAUACAUUUACCUAAUACACAUAUAAUUAAAGAUAAAGAUAAGUACUUAUUACAUAAAAUAUUUUGAUUUAGUGAUUAUUAAUAAUAAAAAUAGUAUAAUAUAUAUUUUAGGUAUAAGUCAUCUAGAAUAUUAAACAAUAAAUACCUAGUUAUAAUAAACUAAUACACACACUUAAAACAUAUUUUAUCAGGUGUGUGUAAAUGAGUUAAUCCAAUUUGCUCUAAAAGUACUUAAAAUCGUUAGAUAAACUUGCAAAACAAUUUUUUUUUGCUAUUGAAAAUAUAGAUUAGUGUACCUAUAUCAUAAAAUUAUUAUUGCUAUCUAUAUGAUAUGUACCAUGUGAAAUUCAAUUAGUAUUAAAAGUUAAGCUAAGUACAUGAAAAUAGUUUUUAAUGAACAAUACAAAUAUUUCAUUUGUUCAAACUUCAAUUUUUAAAUAGUUUAUCAUAUUAAUUUUGAUUAUUUGAUUAAUUUUUUAUUUAAGUUCAUAAUAUUAAGUAUUUCAAACCAUGUUCAAUAUAAAUUGUAUACAAUUUUCUUAUGCAUUGUUAAAUUAUUAAUAUUAUUAUAUACAUUUUUAUAUUUUUAGCAAUUGAAAGAUGAAUUAUCCGAAGUUGUUAGUGAAAUGGAAAACAUGGAUUCCAAUGACGAUAGGUAUUACAUUAAUAUAAUAAAUUGUUAAUUAGUUACCUAUUAUUAUUAUGGCCUUUCUUUUAUUUUUAUUUUAUUUGUUUUAGUAAAAACCAAACAAAAGCCAAACAAAUAUCAAUUGGUCGUAAAAAAUUUAAUAUGGAUCCAAAGAAAGGAAUUGAAUUUCUUGUUGAACAUGGUUUACUAAAUCACAAUGAAGCUGAUGUUGCUGCAUUUCUUUAUAAAGGAGAAGGAUUAAAUAAAACUGCAAUUGGUGAUUAUUUAGGAGAGCGAAAUGAUUUUAAUGAGAGAGUUUUAAGGGAAUUUGUUUCUCUGCAUGAUUUCACCGAUCUCAUAUUGGUCCAGGCUUUAAGGUAUUAAGUUGUAUUGAUUUAUUUAUAAACAGUUUAAUAAAAAAUGUUAACACCUAUUUAUUAUAAAUAUUUUUUAGGCAAUUUCUAUGGAGUUUUAGACUUCCUGGAGAAGCUCAAAAAAUUGAUAGAAUGAUGGAGUGCUUUGCUGAAAGAUAUUGUCAAUUAAAUCCUAAUAUUUUUACCAAUACAGGUAAAUUAAUUUUUAAGUUUUCUUUUUUGUAUUCUUGUGUAAAAUUAUUUUUGUUUUAGAUACCUGUUAUGUUUUAUCGUUUGCUAUUAUAAUGCUAAAUACUAGUCUUCAUAAUCCCAGUGUAAAAGAUAAACCAUCUGUUGAACAAUUUAUACAAAUGAAUCGUGGUAUCAAUAAUGGUGGAGAUUUACCCCGUGAACUUUUAAUUGUAAGUUAAAAAAUAAUUAAAGUUUAUUACUUUACACUUUUUUAUUUUGAUUACUUAAUGUUUCGUCCAUGUAGAGUUUGUAUGAGAGUAUUAAAACAGAACCUUUUAAAAUUCCUGAAGAUGAUGGUAAUGAUUUAAUGCAUACAUUUUUCAACCCUGAUAAAGAAGGAUGGUUAUGGAAACAAGGUAUUGAAAUGUUUCACUUUUAUUAAAAUAAUAUUAACUCAUUUUGUAUUAAUAAUUAAACUUUAAGGUGGUCGUUAUAAGAGUUGGAAGCGUCGAUGGUUCAUAUUAAAUGAUAACUGUCUGUACUAUUUCGAAUAUACAACUGACAAAGAACCUCGUGGAAUAAUUCCAUUAGAAAAUAUUGAAGUACGAGAAGUAUCUGAUCGUCAAAAACCUCAUUGUUUUGAGCUGUAUGCAGCUCCUGGAACAACAGAUUUCAUUAAAGCAUGUAAAACUGAUAGUGAAGGAAAAGUAGUUGAAGGUGAGACAAAAUAUAAAUCAUUUAUUAAUAAUAAAUAACUCUUAUUAAAAUAGAAAUUUGGGUAUAAUUAAGAAAUCUCCCACAUUUUAAUGGUACAUUUAAGCAUAAUUCUAAUAUCUAAUUAGUUGAUUAUUUUUUUUUUUUACAAUUCAAAAAAAUUACAUUGAAUUUUGGCUAUAUUUGCAUUAGGAUUUUCAGCCUAAAUAACCUUAUAUAAUUUCUGGUUUUUAGUCAUAAUUAAUACAUGUAUACUUAAGUAUAAUUUAUAUAAGUGUUAAUUUGUUUAUGUUGACAUUUAUAGUUAAUUUACAAAUUUAAAUUUGUUUCUGAAUAUUUCUUAUUGUAUAUUUGCUAAUAUUUAGUUCAUUAUUAAUAGUUGUUAUGUAUUAAUUAUUAUAAUUGUAUUACACCAUCAAAUAAAAUGAUAAAUAUUUGAUAUUACCUUAAAAACCAUUGUAACUGAAUUUUUUUUUUUUUUUUUUAUCGAAUUAGGUAACUACAAAAUUAAAUAAAAACAUUUAAACAACAAAUUUACUUUGGUAGUUUUCAUGAUAAUUAUACAAGUAAUUAAUGAGUAUCAAAAUAAAAUAUUGUUAAGUGUAUAUUGUAUACUCUGUUAUACAAUUUAAGAUUGAUCACUAAUAUUGCUUAUUUUAAUUAGUGUUAUAAUUAUUUCAUCAAUUUGUAUAUUUUACAACUUUUGGGUUAAUAUGAUGAUAUGUAUAUAUGUAAUUGUAUUUAAAUAAUAUUAAAAUUAAGAUGUUAAAUAUAAAUUUAUAUUGCAUAAUAUUUAAUUGGUUAAAUAUUUUGCAGGUAAGCAUACUGUAUAUAGAAUGUCUGCUGCAACAGCUGAGGAAAAAGAUGAAUGGACAAAAUGUCUUAAGUAAGUUUCAAUAAAUGUAUUUAUUCUCAGUAACUUAUUUUUUAAUAAAAUAGGUUUUAUUAUUUUAUUGAAAGUUAAACUAUACUUUUUACUUUUACUUAGUUUAAAUUAUUAUUAAAUUCAUAUUUUCAUUCUGAAGACUUGAAAAUUUAAGUACAAUCAUAGGCUAUUAUAUACAUAUUAUUUCAUUCUAUAAAUUAGUUUUAUUUUUUUUUUAUACAAUUUAUAUAAUGUGUAUACUCAGUAAGUCUGGGGCCAUUUUUUAUAGUUGCAUUAAUGUGCCACUUAGCAAAAUUAUUUAAGAACUAAUGUAUUUAGCAAGUACCUGAUCCAUUCUUAAAAAAAAAAUUCUAGGAGCCCCUUGUAAUAUGUAGUUGGAUCACUGUAUAAAUGCAUGUUCUUAUUUUGAUUAAUUCAUUAUUACUGUUUUCAGACAAAGUAUUAGUCAUAAUCCUUUCUAUGACAUGUUAGCAGCCCGUAAAAAGAAAGCACAAAAAAGUAGUGUUCAUGGCCGAAGCUAGCGCCAUUUACUCUGCUGUUUAAAACAGUAUCUGGUAAUUUAUAAUUUUUAUUUAUUAUUAAAAUUUAAUAAUAUAGUAUAUUGUAUGAUAAUAAUAUAAAAUAUUAUUUUAAAUUAAAAUUAAAAACUAGGCAUACUUAAAAUAGAUUAUUUCCCUUUUACCUGGUAUGAAUCUCAUAUUUUUUUUUAAUACUUUAAUCACAAAUACAUUUAUUAUUAUUGUUCAAGAAUAAAACUUUAUCUAUUUAUUACAUUUUAAAAUAAAAGUUGACAGUGGGUAUUUGCAUAUAGCCGUAUUGGAAUUUUUAUGCUAAUCAAACGUAAAAUAUAAUACUGUAUAAGUAUAUUGCGUGUAUAACUAAAUUGAAAUAAAAUAUAUGGAAUAGUUAUUAAACACAGCAAAUAAUAGUUGAAUUAUCAGAAAAUGAAUUUUUAUUUUUAUAACAUUUCAUAUAUUUAUUCAUUAUUAUUAUUAUACUACUUGCAGCAAUACUUAACUAUUAAGAAAUAUAAUUUAAUAAAUUAUUAAAAAUAACUUCCUUUUUUAAUCUUGGUUACUUAUUUGUAUUUACUUUUCGUUUCAGUGUACACUACUGUAUUCAUGUGUGUGUGGGCACUUUAAAUACUGGACAUCUAAAAAAUAAAAUUAGAUCAAUUAAACUAAUUAAAUUAAUACUGAAGUGAAAUAAUGAUACCAAAUUAACUACUUUUUUGUAUCAUUCAGAUCAAAAUGAAAUUAGUGUGAUUGAACAAUAAUCAAUAAUUUUUAUUGAUUUGCACGUUAUUUUUAUUUUUUUUUUUUAUAUAUAUAUAUACAUACCUCUGUCACCAAAUUUUUACUUUAUUUGCUAUCGUUUUCAUAACUUUAUUUAGUUCAAAUUUAUUUUAUUAUUAUUAUUAUUAUUAUUUCAGUUUAUUAUCACAAUUUGUAUAGUUAUUUUUAUAAUAUUUUAUCUAGUCCCAAAAUUAUUCAUAAUUUGUGUGUUGAAACUUACUUUAUGCAUUAUUUUGGUGGAAAUUUGUAAAUAAUUUUAAAAAUAAGUAUUUUUGUUCAACAAAUGAAAUAAACAAAAAAACUAAUUAAAUUAUUUGUGUAUUUUAUUAAUAAAUGUUUUUCUUUUAUAAAUAUUAAUUUUGUACAAAUUUAAUUAACAAGAUUUUCUUUUAUUCUACAUAAACUUAUUUUAGGUUUUUGUAUGCAUUAAAAUAAAAUAUUUUUUUAAAGCAGCAGAGAUAAUGUUUUACAAAUAAGUAACAUCUGACCACUGGCUAAAAAUAUAAGAUAAACUAAAAAAUGUGAUUUUGUGAUAUUUUUGUUACAUGAAAAAUGUCAAUAUAAUCUAUUAUAAUUAAAAUAAACUUACCGACAAUGUCUAUAAUCAAUAUCUAUUCAUAUAUUUAAAUUUUAUAAAAAUAAAACAUGACAACUACCUAUCAUGAUUUGUAUAUUAAAAUUUAUAAUAUUGAUGUUUUUUUGUUAUUUAAUUAUGCAUUAUGUUAUUUAUUUAUUUAUGUUAUAUUUUAUCAUUUUUAUCAUAUAUUAUGUUUUUAACUGUUUUUUAAUGUAUACAUUUAUUUUUAAUACCUACAAAUUAUUCUAUGAACUUUGUUAACUUUAAUAUAAUUUUACACAAUAUUAUUAAGUAUCAACUUUAUAAGAGUAAAAGUUUUUCUGACAAUAAUGGUAGGUACUAUAACGAACAAAUUCAUCUUGAUCAUCAAUACCAAGUUAUAAUCUAAUUAAUAGGUUUAUGGUUAUUUUUUAUAACUUUUAAGAAAAGUUAAAUAUUGUAUUGAUGAUAUCUUUUUUUAUAUGGAAAAAGUAUUGUUAAUAUUUUUUAAAAAGUUUUAAGAGUAACUAAAUGUAUUCUAUUUUUUUUUAAUUCUGAGCGUAGCACGAAAUAUAAUGAUUUUACUAUGA